UUUCAUGAUUUCCAAAACCAAAACCAAAACCCUCGUUCGAAGCCGGCAAAGAGCGACUUGGCGUCACCACUCAAUGCACGACGUUGUUCUAUAGUUCUCCUCUUUUGCCGAUCACCGCGCGGCACGAUCCUUCUCCAUUGGAGGCUUGGAAGGAGCUGGGCUAGAGCUGCCAACGGGCCGAGUUCGGGUGGAGCUUUGCUCGCUCAAGCUCGGCUCGAUUACGCCCUAGUUUUGUGUGUUCUUCCAGUAGAGAAGCCAUGUUUGGAGAUUCAGAUUGUUUAGAUGAUUUGUUUUCCUCAACUUCCACUGCCAAUGAUGAAGCAAGCAUCAAGUUCCGGCCUAAACAACCUCUAAAAAUGACAAAAGUAAUCUCAAGACCUUCUGUAGCUACUAAACCUAAUCCUGCUAAUUUGGAUCCCUCUAUUCAUUCUACUGAUUUGAAUUCUGGGAGCCAAGUGUCACAUGUUAGGCAAGAGCCAGUUUUUCCAGAAAAGGCUUCACAUAUUGAAUCUCAAGUCAUUGAGAUUGAUGUCAAUCUGCAAACUAACCCUAACCAUACAGAAGUAGAGGCUGCAGGCAUGGCCUUCAACACAGAGUCUUUUGACGAACUUAUUCCUCCAACCUCAUCCAUUGGUUUUACGGAGCCACUUAUUGGCCAAGAUCAUUCGCCUAGAAGCUCUCCACACCGGGAAAUUUCAUCUGAGUUUGACAUGGCAACAGCAGAUGUUUUUGGAAUAGCGGAUCUUGUUGAUGUGCUUCUUCAACCAAGUGUUUUUACUGAUAGACAACUAAGCAAGUUUCAGCCUAAACGCAGCCAACAUUCACAACCAAAAGCAGGCAAAACUAAAUCUGUUUCAUUCAAGAUUCUUGUAGAAAGUGAUGCUUCUCAUCAAAUUCUAGAAACCAAUGGUCAAGGAGGUGAAUCUAUAGGAAUGGGCACUUCCCUCGCACAAAUGACGGAUGGUGAUUCUGUAGAACAUGAUCCACAGCCAUUGUCAGCAGUCUCUACUUGCAGUGCUGAUAUUCAGGUGGGCAAGAAGAGUCCCCACUGUGGGACAGGAAAAUGUCAAAAUAUUUCGGAGGAGCCCAGUAAGGUAAUCGAAUCACAAGAUGCUGAAGAUCUAAUAGAGCAGAUCCUGAAUGGGUUACCUGCCUGGAGUACUGCUGAAGAUGAUGGAUCUAGUAAAUCAUCGAGGAAGUUGAGAAAAAGGACUAGCACUCAAAGCCAUUCUGCUGAGCAUGAUGGUAGGACCAGUGAGGAUUACAACGACGACCUCUCGAGCGUCUCUCAAAUGGAUGAAGAUCGCAGUGAUAAUGAAUACACAAUGGAGGAUAUGUCCAAACAGAAGAUGGGAUCCAAAAACUUGAAGAAAAAGACAUCUGAAAGUAAGAAACCGGUUCAGAGGAACCGGAAAGCCUCUGCAAAACCUGAUUCAACUUUUACUCGACAAGAAAAACAUCCUGUGGGUACCAAAAGGAAGCGGAGGCUAGUGGACAAGACUUUGCUGGAAAAACCAGAGAAUGAGAUUGAUCCAAAACGUAUUAGUAUAAAGGACCUUAUUUUGCUUGCAGAGGCUAAGGAGAAGAUUUCAAGCAAAGAAGCAACGGCAUCGGGGAGGUCCAUUCCCAAGCAAAGAGAUGCCAAUUAUCCUAACAAAGAUCAAUUUGAUGUUGACCCAUUUGGUGAUGAACAAGAAGGUGAUGAAGAUAACAAUUCUCACCACGUGAAUUCAAGAAAAUUGAAUUAUCAUUCCUACUUGAACAAGUCGCAGUCAACUCGUUGGUCAAAAUUAGAAACUGACUUGUUCUACCAGGGUGUUCGUCAGUUUGGAACGGAUUUUGCUAUGAUAAAGCAACUAUUCCCUAAUCGAACUCGUCAUCAAGUGAAACUAAAAUUUAAAAAUGAAGAGCGCAAAAAGCCUUUGCAAAUAGCUGAUGCUUUACUUCAUCGAUCCAAAGAUAAUUCUCAUUUUGAACUGGUAAUCCAACAGUUGCAAGCACAAUCAAAGCAGGGAAAAGAAGAUGAAUCCCACGAACCAUCAGUUGCAUCAGAAGAUAAAUGUGGAGAUGAGGACACAAAUCAGGAAGUAAAUAAAUUCGACGACGAGUUGGAAGGUUCUUUUGAUUGGGAUGACAAUGCUUCUUAUUCUCCAGGCAAGGUUAAAGAUAUACUUGGGGAUCUCUUCAGUUGAACACAAAGAUCACCUGCAAAUUUUGUUGUGACUUAACAAUUCCAAGUUAACUAACUUGAACUGUUGUAUGCUUUUUUUUUUUAGGUCUACAUUAUUAUUAAAACGUGUAAAUUCUCUAUA